CUAUUGGAGCUCAGUCUGGGGGGAGUUAUUUUUUUUCUCCUUAUCUUUCCUCAUGUUGUGCUUUUUCCAUGUGUUUUUUUUCCCUAUCAGCCUACCUCUCUGACAUGUCUUCCUAAUGUGUUGUUUGUGUAAGUUUGGUUCUUCACUCUUUCUUUGUGAAUGUAGGUGAAAUUUAACUGUUAGAAAGCAAACAGUGUUUAUCUCUAAAAAAGAAAAUUAGCCUUGAUUACACGUUGAUAUCACCCAAAGUAAUCAUUACUACCUUUACUGCCUUAGUUAUGACGUACCUAUUUGUCAUUGUCCUACAGUCUAUUUACGUCACUCUAAUGCGACUUCCUUAAGAGAUAAUUGAAAGUGUGGAGUUUUAACCAGUGGCUGAAAAACAAAUGUUUCAGCUUUAUUUAAAACUCAGAUUUAACCACAUGUAGUCAGUUUUAAGUCAGGUUCAACUAUUUACUGAAAAUACCAACAAACUCAGACCUUUAGAACAAUCUAAGAGUCAGAUCAGCAGAAAUAAAAACAAGGAAAUGUUUGCUGUAACUGCGUCGCUCUGCUCGACUUUGCUGAUUGUCGGUGUCUUCGUGUUUGUCUCUGCAGAUCAGAAAAUCAUCACAGCUGACUCUGGACAGGACGUCACUUUGCCAUGUCGAGCUCCAAACAAUAACAUCAUUAUUGUUGUAGAGUGGAGCAGAGCUGACCUGCGAGAGAAAUAUGUUCUUCUGUUCCGGGAUGAGCGUUUCUAUCCAGAUGAGCAGCAUCCAUCUUUUAGGAACCGGGUGGAUCUGCAGGACAGACAGAUGAAGGAUGGAGACGUGUCUUUGAUUCUGAAGAAAGUGACGAUUAAUGAUAAUGGAACAUAUGAGUGUCGUGUCUUUAUGAGAGAAAGACACCACAGGAAGAGAGGUCAUCUGAAGACCGACCCCAUCAGCAUCAUCAACCUGAGUGUUGUUGAUCCUCCAGGUCAGACAGGAGGAGACACAGAGGCUGGAGGGAAGGAGGCAGGAGGGAAGGAGGCUGGAGGGAAGGAGGCUGGAUCUGUUGGACUGAUUGUUCGUCUGUCAGUUUCUGCUGUGGUUCUUGUUGCUACUGUUGUUGGUUUUUUGAUCUACAGAAAACAUAAACCACAGAGUCAGGAUCCAUACUAG